AUGGCUCACCGCAUCUGGACUACGCUCUGCGCGCUAACCUUUGGCUCGGCUGUGUUGGCCGCACCACAGUUGGCACCUCGUGCGACUGGUAGCUUGGAUGCCUGGCUGGCAUCCGAGACUGCGGUUGCGCGAGAGGGUAUCUUGGAUAACAUCGGCUCGAGCGGCGCGUAUGCAAAGAGCUCGGGCUCGGGAAUCGUCAUCGCCAGUCCGAGUACAGACAGCCCUGACUGUGAGUGCCAAACAUUUGAUCUUACAGGAGAAGAGUCUGACAUCGCAGAUUAUUACACUUGGACUCGUGACUCGGCUUUAGUCAUGAAGACCCUGGUGGAUCUGUUCAAGAAUGGCGACACAGACUUGCUCACGGUUAUUGAAGAGUACAUAAGCACCCAGGCCUACAUUCAGACCGUUUCCAAUCCCUCUGGGGGUCUCUCUAGCGGUGGGCUUGGUGAACCCAAGUUUAAUGUCGACAAGACAGCAUAUACCGGAUCAUGGGGCCGUCCUCAGCGCGAUGGCCCUGCCCUCCGAGCCACUGCGAUGGUUGCCUUUGGGCAGUGGCUAAUUGCUAAUGGAUACACAUCCACGGCCACUGAUAUUGUCUGGCCUAUUGUUCGCAACGACCUUUCCUACGUUGCACAAAACUGGAACAGCUCUGGAUACGAUCUGUGGGAAGAGGUAAACGGAGAGUCAUUCUUCACAACAGCCGUUCAACACCGCGCCCUGGUUGAAGGCAGUAAAUUUGCUAGUCAGGUGGGAUCAUCCUGCUCGUACUGCGACUCUCAAGCACCCCAGGUACUUUGUUUCCUGCAAUCUUACUGGACCGGCUCGUACACCCUGGCAAACUUUGGCAGCAGCCGUACUGGAAAGGAUGCAAACACCCUCCUGGGUAGCAUUCACACUUUCGAUCCCGAGGCGGGCUGCGAUGACUCAACCUUCCAGCCUUGCUCGGCACGUGCUUUGGCAAACCACAAGGUAGUUACUGACUCAUUCCGAUCUAUCUACACUAUCAACUCUGGUAAGAGUGCGGGACAGGCUGUUGCAGUCGGUCGUUACCCUGAGGAUUCUUACUAUAAUGGUAACCCUUGGUACCUGUGCACAAUGGCUGCCGCCGAGCAACUCUAUGAUGCAUUGUAUCAAUGGAAUAAAGCUGGCUCUUUGACCAUCAGCAGUGUCUCGUUGAGCUUCUUCACAGACUUGUAUAGCUCAGCUGCCACGGGCACCUAUUCAUCAAGCAGCACUGCGUACUCCUCGAUUGUCAGUGCGGUCAAGACAUAUGCUGAUGGCUAUAUGAGCAUCGCGGAACAAUAUGCCUAUACAAAUGGCUCCAUGUCCGAACAGUUUCUCAGAGCUGAUGGAACCCCAGCGUCAGCCCGUGAUCUGACUUGGUCAUACGCAGCCCUGCUCACUGCAAACAUGCGCCGCAACUCGCACCGCUACCAACACAAACUGGCCAAGCUCCUUGACGAGUGGGUCGGGUCGACUACCACUGGCGGAACAACAACUAGCAAAAGUUCGACUACCACCACUUCCAAGACAAGCACUACGACCUCAUCAUGCACCACGCCAAGCGCUGUGGCGGUCACUUUCGAUGUUAUCGCCACGACAGUAUAUGGCGAGAACAUCAAAUUGGCUGGGUCUAUCUCUGCGCUUGGCAGCUGGGACACCAGCAGUGCUAUUGCCCUGAGUGCAAGCAAAUACACCAGCUCCAACAACCUGUGGUAUGUCACGGUCAAUCUGCCUGCUGGUCAAGUUUUCCAAUACAAGUAUAUCCGAGUUGCGAGCUCUGGUACAAUCACAUGGGAGAGUGAUCCGAAUCUCUCUUAUACAGUGCCGGCGGCCUGCGCCACGACCGCUGUGACAAUCAGCGAUACCUGGAGAUAG